AUGGGGAAUAUGCAGUCGGAGCCGCUCGCGGGCGGGGGCUCCCGAAAAGCGCAGGCCUCGGACCGGUCCUCCGACUCCCGCCGGACAUCCCUGGUGGAGCCCGAGGUGACCCCCUCCUCCCCGGCCAUGCGCCUGGCUCGCGGGCUAGGCGUCUGUUUCCCUGGCAGCUCCGCGCCCCUGGGACUCCUGGUACCCCCGGAGCCCCAGGCCUCACCCUCACCGCUGCCCCUGACCUUAGAACUACCCUCGCCAGUGACGCCCCCUUCAGAGGAGGCGGCUGCGGCCGCGGUCUCCACACCACCCCCACCCCCCAUGGGGACCCUGCUGCCCACGCCGUCUAAGUGGCGAAAACCCACGGGCACUCCGGUGCCCCGGAUCCGCCGUCUGCUGGAGGCGAGCCAUCGCGGCCAGGGCGACCCUCUGAGCCUCCGCCCGCUGCCGCCGCCGCCGCCCCGGCAACUAACCGAAGAGGACCCCGACCCUGUCCCGAGGGCCCCACCCCCGACUCCGCCGCCCUUGGAGCUGCGGAAGCCGCCACUACCACCGCCUUCUGACCGGCGGCCCCCGGACCGCAGAAUCGCUCCUGCGCUGGCUACACCCUCCGCAACCCCUACAGAAAGCCAGGCCAGGCACAGCAGCGAGGGCCAGACGGCCGGCGGAGCUCGCAGAGGGGCACCUCCCCAAGCAGGCGAGGGUGAAAUGGCCCGGCCUGCGGCCCCUGAGCCCGGUCUGAGCCUGUUGUGUAAAGUCACCUUCAAGUCGGGGCCCCAGCUGGCCCCGCCGGCAGCGUCGAGUUCCUUAGCGGCCAAAGCCUCUCUCGGGGGCGGCGGCGGCGGAGGAGUCUUCGCCGUAGCCUCGGAAGCCAUCUCCUACGCUGAGGUCCUGAAGCAGGGACCCCUGGCUCCUGGGGACUCUUGCCCCUCGGGAGAAGUACCUCGGGGAACUCAGGAAGCAGAGGGCGGCGAUGGAGACGGCGAGGGGUGUUCUGGACGCCCCUCGGCGCCUGCGUCCCACGCCCGGACCCUUCCGCCUCCACCCUACACCACCUUCCCAGGCUCGAAGCCCAAAUUUGACUGGGUGAGCCCUCCUGAUGGCCCUGAACGCCAUUUUCGCUUCAAUGGAGCUGGCGGAGGCGUCGGGGCGCCCCGACGGCGCGCAGCAGCGCUCUCAGGGCCCUGGGGCUCCCCGCCGCCUCCGCCAGGACAAAUGCAUCCAGCUCCCGGGCCCCGGAGGCCCGCACCCGCCUUGCUGGCGCCGGCUAUGUUCAUCUUCCCGGCACCCACCAAUGGAGAGCCUGUGUGCCCUGGGCCUCCUGGCGCGGAGUUGCUGGCACCACCGCCGCCCGCGCCACCUCCCACACCGCAGCCGCCAGAGCUCCAGCCAACGCUGCUGCCCGUGGCGCUCCCGCCCACCCCAGACCCGGGCCACUUGGAGUCGGCCCUGGCUCCCGCCCCGGCUCCCGCUCUGCCCGUCGCCUUGGCUGCCGACCAGGGCCCAGCCCCGGCUCCAGCUCCCAGCGUGGCCGAGCCAUCUCCACCUGCGCCCGCGCCCGUCAAGGCCCGCCCGCGCCGGAACAAGGGUCCCCGCGCAGCCCGGGCCGCUCGGCGUGAGGAUGGCGCGCCUGCAGACGGUCCUCGCGAACGUACAGCAACUACUGUGACUGACAGCGGUGGUGCAGGGGGUGGUGGCAGCGGGACUCCUCUGGCGGGUACGGCUAACUCGGGCGCCGCGCGCCGCUGGCCACCCUUCCAGGUGCUUAACUCUUGCCCCUGCAAGUGUUACUGCCGCCACCAGCCACGCCAUCGCCGCCUGCCACGCAACGUGUCUUCCUGGCUGAGCACGCCCACCAACCACCUGAGUGAGCCACCCUGGGUCGCCACCAUCAAGUUGGCCGGCUCCCUGGUAGCCGGGCUGGAGCACUACGACUUGCAGGCUACCCAUUCCAACUGA